CAAUCCAGUCACGUGACGGUUUCUUGUUCCUUUCCUAACGUCCGCCAUUAGGCGCAACACUGAUACGAAGUUGCUGUUGUCUAAGCGUACAAGUAGCCAAAAUGGUGAACUUUACAGUGGACGAGAUCCGUGGUCUCAUGGACAAGAAGAACAACAUUCGUAACAUGUCCGUGAUCGCCCACGUCGACCACGGCAAGUCGACGCUCACCGACUCACUUGUGAGCAAGGCUGGUAUUAUUGCCGGCUCAAAAGCUGGUGAAACAAGAUUUACAGACACGAGGAAAGAUGAGCAGGAGAGAUGCAUCACCAUCAAAUCUACGGCCAUUACUAUGUACUUCGAGGUGCUAGAAAAGGACCUUAAGUUUUUGACGCAAAAGUACGAGGGAAAUGGCUUCCUGAUCAACUUGAUAGAUUCCCCUGGCCACGUGGAUUUCUCCUCAGAGGUGACGGCUGCGCUGCGUGUCACUGAUGGAGCUCUCGUCGUUGUGGACUGCGUCAGUGGAGUGUGUGUGCAGACAGAGACAGUGCUGAGGCAGGCGAUCGCUGAGCGCAUUCGCCCGAUCGUCUUCAUGAACAAGAUGGACCGCGCACUGCUGGAGCUGCAGCUGGAACCAGAGGACCUGUACCAGACGUUCACCCGCAUCGUGGAGAGCAUCAACGUGAUCGUUGCCACCUACAGCGACGACAGCGGACCCAUGGGCAACAUCCAGAAUAAAGGCACCGACGGCAUACACAAAAGCGCAGAGGAGGUGGCUGCCAGUCGGUUCGAGUUGGAUUUCUCAGGGGCAGUAAAAACGGCAAUUGAUAGUGACGACGCGUCCAAUUGCAAGGGCGAGAAGGCGAGGUACAAGUGCAGGCGCGUCCAACCUGUGUCGUGCUCGACCGAAUACAAGGUGUUCGACUGUAUCAUGAACUUCAAGAAGGACGAGAUUCCGAAGCUGCUCGACAAGCUUGAUCUGACGGGCAAGCUGGACGGGCCCGAGCGCGACAACGAGGGCAAGCCGCUUCUCAAGUACGUGAUGCGCACCUGGCUGCCGGCCGGCAACACGCUGCUGCAGAUGAUAGCCAUCCACCUGCCAUCGCCCGUCACCGCGCAGCGCUACAGGAUGGAGAUGCUGUACGAGGGACCGAUGGACGACGCUGCAGCCGUCGCUGUGAAGGAGUGCAACCCCGCUGGACCGUUGAUGAUGUACAUUUCUAAGAUGGUGCCCACCAACGACAAGGGCAGGUUCUAUGCUUUUGGUCGUGUUUUCUCUGGUACGGUCGGAACUGGCCAGAAAGUACGAAUCAUGGGUCCCAACUACACCCCUGGCAAGAAGGAGGACUUGUACGAGAAACCAAUUCAGAGGACGAUCCUGAUGAUGGGUCGCUAUGUGGAGUCGAUUGAAGACGUGCCGUGCGGUAACAUCUGUGGUCUUGUUGGCGUUGACCAGUACCUCGUGAAGACUGGCACGAUCACGACGCUCGCCACCGCUCACAACAUGAAGGUGAUGAAGUUCAGCGUGAGUCCCGUUGUGCGGGUCGCCGUUGAGGUGAAGAACCCCGGUGACCUUCCCAAGCUUGUCGAGGGCCUCAAGCGUCUUGCCAAGUCCGACCCCAUGGUGCAGUGUAUCAUUGAGGAGUCUGGUGAGCACAUCAUUGCUGGUGCUGGAGAAUUGCAUCUUGAAAUUUGCCUCAAAGAUCUUGAAGAGGACCACGCUUGCAUUCCAUUGAAGAAGUCUAACCCUGUGGUAUCUUACCGUGAGACCGUCAGUGAAAUGUCUGACAUCAUGUGCUUAUCCAAGUCGCCAAACAAGCACAACAGACUCUUCAUGAAGGCUGAACCGAUGCCUGAUGGCCUGGCCGAAGACAUCGACGACGGAGAGGUCACCCCCAGGCAGGAGUUCAAGGCACGCGCGCGAUACCUCGGCGAGAAGUAUGAGUAUGACGUGACGGAGGCUCGUAAGAUCUGGUGCUUCGGCCCCGAGGGCACCGGCCCCAACCUCCUCAUCGACUGCACGAAGGGAGUGCAGUACCUCAACGAGAUUAAGGACAGCGUUGUUGCCGGCUUCCAGUGGGCGUCAAAGGAGGGUGUACUGUGUGAGGAGAACCUGCGUGGGGUGCGCUUCAACAUCUACGAUGUGACGCUUCACGCUGAUGCCAUCCAUCGCGGCGGCGGUCAGGUGAUCCCGACGACGAGACGCGUGCUCUACGCCUCCCUACUCACCGCGCAGCCACGAAUGAUGGAGCCCGUAUACCUGGUCGAAAUUCAGUGUCCUGAGGCGGCUGUCGGCGGCAUCUACGGAGUGUUGAACAGACGGCGUGGCCACGUUAUUGAGGAGUCACAGGUGCCCGGCACCCCGAUGUUUGUCGUGAAGGCGUACCUGCCCGUCAUGGAGUCGUUUGGGUUCACGGCGGACCUGCGAUCAAACACCGGAGGACAGGCGUUCCCACAGUGCGUGUUCGAUCACUGGCAGAUCCUUCCCGGAGAUCCAUUCGAAGAGGGCUCAAAGCCACGCACGGUUGUCAACGACUCGAGGAAACGGAAGGGCUUGAAGGAGGGCAUUCCCGACCUCGCGAAUUACCUCGACAAGCUAUAAUAACGCGCGCAGAUUUCUUCUACCCGGGGGGGUUAGAAAACUAUUUAAACGUGGAACGUGUACUCUACAUUGCUAUCAUGUCCGUGGCAAACAGGCUGUGGGUUAUCUCUCUAAGUUAGUGGUUUUCAUCUGGAUAGCAAUCCUGGUUUACAAACUGUCAAUCGGCCGUCAAUCAAAUUUCCUCAAACUAAAUCGAUGUUCAUGUUACUGACUUCAGCUUAUUUUUAGUUGUCACUCGUCUGUGACAAGUGAGCAUGGCAAAUAAUAUCAGUUGUAUUUUGUUAAUGUCUAACGAGAAUAAAGUUAUGAGAAGUGAAGCUAGAUACAAA